UUCAGAUAUUACUUCAAGCUUUAGAACAGUUAAUAGAAGAUAAAGCAACUGAAAAGAUGACCUUAGAUCAACUGAUAUGGCUCUACACAAUUAUGUUAUCUGCUACUACUGUGAAACUUGCACUCUGGUUGUACUGCAGAACUUCAGGAAAUGAUAUUGUCCGCGCUUAUGCAAAGGUACUUACUUGGAUCAUACCUAUCUAGCAAGAUCUUUGGUUCAAGUAUUUUCAUUACUUUAGAUGUUAAAUUUCUUUCCUUCCAGGAUCACUAUUUUGAUGUCAUGACAAAUGCAGUUGGGUUAGUGGCAGCGGUUUUGGGUGAUAAGUUGUUUUGGUGGAUUGACCCUGUUGGAGGACUUGUGCUUGCAAUUUAUACCAUCAUAAACUGGUCAGGAACCGUUCUUGAAAAUGCAGCAUCUCUUGUGGGAAAAUCAGCCCCUCCAGAGGUCUUACAAAAACUAACAUAUCUCGUCUUGAGACAUCCCCAAAUUAAGCGUGUUGACACUGUUCGUGCUUAUACCUUUGGUGUUCUAUACUUUGUAGAAGUAAGUGGGAAAUCAUCUAGAAUCUUGCAAAGUCUAUAGAUGAUUUAAGAAAAA